UUGUGUGCACAGCUUCCAGUUUACAAGCGCUAUAAAUACUACUUGAAACUUCAUCACAAAUACAACCAAUAUAUUCAUCUUUGUUUUCAGCAACAAUGAAGAAAAGGCUUUACCUUCUGGUGGCAGUGAUGGCGAUGGUGGCGCUCCUCACUGGAGCUGGAGUGGCAGAGGCGGUGAAUUGCGAUCCGACGGAGAUGAGAGCAUGUCUUCCUGCACUCAAAUCCACAGAGCCGCCGACAGCGGAAUGCUGUGAUAAAGUGAAGAAGCAAGAGGGAUGCCUUUGUGAAUACCUGAAAAGCCCAAUAUUGAAGCCUUAUUUAGAGUCUCCCAAUGCUAAAAAGAUAGCUUCUUCCUGUGGCAUUCCCAUCCCCACCUGCUAGACCUACAAUCUCUCCUUCCCUAAGCUUUCUCUACAGAAUGAAGUUGUAUUCCUCACCUCAGUCUACUAAAAAAGCAAAACUAUAAAUAAAAGUGAAUCACUUCAUAUUCUCUCUA